UGCGCAAGCGCAGAAAAGGGGGCGGGGGACUCGGCUUGUUGUGUUGCUGCCCGAGAACCGGAGACGGUCCUGCUGCGGCCGAAGCUCUCCCAGCCGCCCGACCAUGUCGUCUCAUUUAGUCGAGCCGCCGCCUCCCCUGCAUAACAACAACAACAACUGCGAGGAAGGGGAACAGCCUUUGCCGCCGCCAGCCGGGCUCAACAGUUCCUGGGUGGAGCUUCCCAUGAACAGCAGCAAUGGCAAUGAUAAUGCCAACGGGAAGAAUGGGGGCCUGGAGCACGUCCCCUCCUCGUCCUCCAUCCACAACGGAGACAUGGAGAAGAUCCUUCUGGACGCGCAGCACGAGUCGGGACAGAGCAGUCCCAGAGGCAGUUCUCACUGUGACAGCCCUUCGCCACAAGAAGACGGGCAGAUCAUGUUCGACGUGGAGAUGCACACCAGCAGGGACCACAGCUCCCAGUCAGAAGAAGAAGCUGUAGAAGGAGAGAAGGAAGUAGAAGCUUUGAAGAAAAGUGCAGACUGGGUAUCGGACUGGUCCAGCAGACCUGAAAACAUUCCACCCAAGGAGUUCCACUUCAGACACCCGAAGCGCUCUGUGUCCCUGAGCAUGAGGAAAAGCGGGGCCAUGAAGAAAGGAGGCAUUUUCUCCGCAGAGUUCCUGAAGGUGUUCAUCCCAUCACUCUUCCUCUCUCACGUUUUGGCUCUGGGGCUAGGCAUCUACAUUGGAAAGCGACUGAGCACACCUUCUGCCAGCACCUACUGAGGAAGGGAAGCUGCUGGAGCACACCUGGCCUGCGAAGUGGUGUAUUGUCACGUAGUUUAUCUGAACUUGAGACCAUUGUAAGCAUGACCCAACCUGCCACCCUAUUUUUACAUCUCCAGUUCCAGUAACUCUCAAAUCAGUAUUUUAUUCAAACUCUGUUGAGGCAUUUUACUAACCUCUUUCCCUUUCUGGCCUGUAAGACACUUUAGAAGUUUCCUGACAGUUUCCUGUUGUUUAGAAAUUUGCAAGGGCUUCUUUUCCUCAAGCGCCACCAGCAGAUUAGUUUUGUCAGCAAGGCUAUCACCUCCCGUAGCACCGUGAGCAGCAGCUGUGUUGUCCACGUAGGAAUUUGACUCCAGCAGUGCAUCUCCUGUCUCAGAACAAGAGCAGGUUAGCAUAAGUUCUCUUUUCCAACACAAAGACAGGCUGCUCUGAGCUUGAAUUUAUAGUUACUAAAAAGAACAUAAAAACAAAAGCAAAAGACAAAAAAUAUCCUGGGCAAUAAAAAGUUAUUUUAAACCAGCUUUGGAGCCACUUUUUUUCUAAGCCUCCUAAUAGCGCCUUUUAAUUUGUAGGAGGCAGGCUGUAUAAACAGUAGGUAGAAAAUAGAACAGGAACUAAACUACAUCAGCAGAUUUUAAUACUAGUAUGUUGUAUUGCUGUCUUUUCUAUGGUAUAGAAUCUUUAUUUCUGAUAAGGAACGUCUCAGGCCUAGACACAUAUGAAAUUGCUUUUCAGAUUUUUUUGUGUGUGUGGUAUUUCCAUGUGUUAGCUGCAUGUGAAUUUUUCAUAACUCUCCAUUUUUUUUAAAUUUCCUCCCUUUUUUUCCUAUAAGAAGAGACUUCAGAACGAGUCCAAUUUGUGGUGUUAAUCCAGGCUUCUUGUUUUAGGAAGCUUCACUUAUACUCUGAAGCCUUUAAACUCUGAAGAAAACUGCUUCAGAGUUACUCCAAGCACUUGUGCAACUUUGAAAAUGCCCCUGGGUGGUGGGACAGGUGACAGAGCUCUGGAAAGAUGCCGCUGUGUCCUUGCAGCCCUGCUCGUGGGGCUCUCUGUGCAGCCUUCCCGAAGUGGCCCUCUGACGUGCAGGCCCUGGCUGGGGUUUCUCCUGUAGCCAUCUCCUCAGUUAUGUCCCCUCCUGACAUUCAGAACACUCAGCAGAUUCCUUCAGUGACAGACUUGUGUUUGUUUCUAAAAUGUGAAGCUUUAGGACCAAAUUGUUAGAAAGGAUCAGGAUUACGGAUUAUCUGAGUAGGUUUCAUUGGAUUUCAGAACAUUCAGCAUGACUCUGAAAGAUACUACUAUAUGUUUUAUAUAUAAAUAAUUACCAUUUAUGAUAUAGACCUUGCUAUUGAAUAUUUAGAGAACCAUUGUUAAUCUUAAAGCUAGCAAUCUAUGAAAUGUAUCAGGUGAACUUGAACAAAACACUAUUGUAACAACCGGGUUUGCCAGUUUGCAAAAGCUAACUCUUCUCUCACAUUAAGGUUUGUAAAACUGCUGGGGUACAGUGGAAAAUAACACAGAUUAAACAAAUAUUCAUUUCUACCUUUUUUCAAGAAUAUAGCUGGCUGUCUUUAAGAAUGAUGAUAUUAUCCAAAACAGUUUUCUAAAUGAUUUUCAUUUUUCUUUCUAGAGUUUGAGAUCUAAAUAAUUUUGGAUAUCUUAUUGUACCUUGUUUCUGUCUUACUCUUAAACCUAGUGACACUUGAAUUGCCUUCUGUUUAUUUCAAGUGUUCACAUUGGAAUUUCUUUGGAAAGAAAGUAAACCCACUGUCUUCUUGUAAAGUCUGGAUAAAAUUGGGAAGGCUGGUAAAGCUAAGAACCAAAUAGCUGUGCUGAAAUACUAUAAUGUUCAAUUUGUAUUACAAUUGGUAUUCUGGGAGAGAAGAGUAAAAUUAUACUUUAAAUAAGAGCUGCUUUUUAUAGGCAGUACAUUGCACUCUUUCUAAAUUCAGUAGCAAUUUUAUCAGUAGUGCCAUUGAACUCUGGGUAUAUUUAUGAUUUUUACCAACACUGAAAACAUUUAUUUUUGCCCUAUUUUUUAAGUAUCUGUAAAAUUAUAGAAUAUUAACUAAAAAUGAAUACAUCAUCACAGUAGAACUUAUUGUAAGGUGAGCUCAUGCGGUGUUUAUUAAUACCCCGACAUGUGGACCAGAUGUUUAUUCUCUACCCAGAUUUUUGUUGAAUGAAACAGAUUGAUUGAAAAGGCAAUUAGCAAUGAACAGUUGAAAUUCUGAGAUUAAUGUUUAAAAAGCUUUACACCUGUUUACAGUUUGGGGCUGAAAAGGCAGGCUUCUUUUUGCUUUUGUUUGAUGAAAACUGGCUUAAGAUAUUGAUGUGUAAAACCAAGAGCAAAAGCGCACCGCCUUGCAGGUGACAACUGCAGCAUGUCACCUUAUGGAACACAAACAUUUACUUUGAAAGGAAGAUUGAAGACUCAGCCAGCGAGGUGAAUUUCGAAAUGAACCAGUUGUUGAAAUUAUUGGAAUUAACUGAGCCAAAGUGAUUAUGCAUUCUUCAUCUAUGUAGUUAGCAUUUUGUAUCAUAUACAGUUUACAAUACAUGUAUAACUUGUAGCUAUAAACAUUUUGUGCCAUUAAAGCUCUCACAAAACUUUC